UCCGAACGGCCGGCCGGCCGGCGGUGUCAAACCCGGAGGAAGCAGGAACACUGGUGCUUUAUGGUUUGUAUUGGAACUCACGCCGGACUCCAGGGAACGGGGAACAGAGUCCUCUGGUACAGCAGCGGUGAUUUGUCACUACGACGGCCGGGACUGGACCCCCCCCACACACACAGACACACAACAGCGCGAGCGGGACCGUUGGUCAGAGGCGGAAACUUGGCGGGCGUGUGGCCGCAGAGAGGCAGGACCAGCGGGGGAAGGGGCGAAGAUGGAGACCCCAGUGUGAACCGCUGAGUUGAGUUUGGACAGAGCUCAGGAAACCCUCCGAAACCAUGACCCUCAGCCUCUCAGCCAACAGACGCAUCGCCGCCUGCCUGCUGGUCAACCUGCUCUCCUCCAUCUGCAUCGUCUUCAUCAACAAAUGGAUCUACGUGCGCUACGGCUUCCCCAACAUGACUCUGACCCUGGUCCACUUUGUGGUCACCUGGCUGGGACUGUACACCUGCCAGAAAAUGGACAUUUUCUGCCCCAAGAGCCUCCCCCUGCGCCGGAUCGUGUGGCUGGCCCUCAGCUUCUGCGGCUUUGUGGCCUUCACCAACCUCUCCCUGCAGAACAACUCCAUAGGGACCUACCAGCUGGCCAAGGCCAUGACCACCCCGGUCAUCAUCCUCAUCCAGACAACGUACUACAAGAAGACCUUCUCCACCAAGAUUAAGCUGACCCUGGUGCCCAUCACGCUGGGGGUGAUCUUAAACUCCUACUACGACGUGCGCUUCAACCUGCGGGGGACGGUGUUCGCCGCGUUGGGGGUUCUGGUGACCUCGCUUUACCAGGUGUGGGUGGGGGCCAAACAACACGAGCUCCAGGUGAACUCCAUGCAGCUGCUGUAUUAUCAGGCUCCGCUGUCGUCAGGCUUCCUGCUCAGCAUCAUCCCCCUGUUUGAGCCGCUGACUGGAGACGGAGGAAUAUUUGGACCGUGGUCUCUGCCUGCUCUGGUGACGGUGCUGUUCUCUGGCGUGGUGGCGUUCCUGGUCAACCUGUCCAUUUACUGGAUCAUCGGAACGACCUCGGCUGUCACCUAUAACAUGUUUGGUCAUUUUAAGUUCUGCAUCACCCUGAUUGGAGGAUAUUUGCUCUUCCACGACCCGCUGUCUCUGAACCAGGCUCUGGGGAUCCUCUGCACCCUGGCGGGCAUCUUGUCCUACACUCACUUCAAGCUGUUCGAGCAGGAGGAGGGGAAGAGCCGUCUGGCUCAGAGACCGUAGGCGGCCUGAGCUGUCCAGCAGCUGCACAGACUUCUGCCACUGGCCACUCACCUUGUGACCGCACGCAGAAACCUCUUUACGUGUUUUCUAUUUUUACCGGAAUGAUGUCUUUUAGUGGAAGUAAUAAUCCUAUCGUUGUUCUGCUUUUCAUGCUCCUUCCCGUGGUUCUUCAGAAACUCUGGUGUCGAAGUCUGAAGCUCAUCACCCCAGUGGCUGGACUCUAAGACGCUGAGAGGAAGGGAGUUUUCACUCAGUUAAACUGAAUAUAAAAGAAGAGCGCAUAAACAACUUUAAUUGUCGCUCAGAAACAGACUUAUCCUCAAAUCUUCCUUCAACAAGCUGUCUCAUAAUGAACAGAUGCUGAAAGACCUUCGAAAGAUGAAACCAAACUUUCUUGAUUUUGCCUACAGGACAAAAUUCAUAUGAUAAUAGUGAAGUGUUUGGUCUCAUUAUUUCAGAUUUUUGUACUCAAACCAACUUUAGACUUGAAGAAAAAUAUUCACAUUUGCGAUCACAGACAAUCUCUGAGAUUGUUUGGAGAGAAAGGGCUGAAUCUAAACUUAAUCAUACCUGAUUAAGGGCAACAUUUCAAAUUCUCCCAUCAAAGUAUUUCCCAUCAACAGCCAGUAUUUUACUUUAUGAGCCAGAAUACAAAUGACACUUCCAACAUCCUGCAGAUGAUCUGAUGGGAAAACCAGAAGGGGGGGGGGUAAACAUUUGCUGUUAUUGUUGUUUACAUCACUUUUUUUUAAUGAAGAUGUGACACCAGCUGCUGUAGUGGCAAAACUCUGCAGGCCUAAUAAAUGCGGAGCUGCUCGUCAAACUUUUUUCUCCAAUGGGACAGAAUCAUCAUCAGAUCCAUUCGGCAGCCUUAAGCUUCUCAAAGUCGGAUUUAAAUUGAAAUAAGCUCACCGCCCCUCAGAGGGAAAAUCACCAUGAACCAAUCAAGCCGGUUUGAUUGUGAUCGAUACACUACAAAAAUUUUGAUUUGUCCUCAUCAAACAAAUGUUUUUUUUAUUACUCUGUGAUUUUAUAGUUUUUUUUUUCAUGUCUUCAGCAUUUCAGUUUUUAAUUGUUUUAUUCAUCUGCUGUCAUUGUAUUGAUUUGUAUCAUUUUUUAGUCCAUUUGGAAAUUUACUCAUUUCUUUUUGAGAACCCUUUUUGAUUUUGCAUACGAUUGUAAAGUCUACAAUUAAAAGUACCCACUGUAACCUUUUAGAAAUAAAAUAAGAAUAUGUUUAAAUAAUUCAAGAAGAUAUGCUUUUAAUACACUUGAUUCAUCUCAGUCUAAAUUAAUUGUGUAUUUUGAGGUUUCAGUUUCAGAAAUCUGGUGUUAAAUUUUGAAUUUCUCCAAGGUCCUGGAAACUCACAAGAAAAACAUGCAAUUCUUGAUCGUUUUUAUCCAAGUGGUGCUUUU